GGCCCCGAUGGUCACUCAUGUAUCUGUUAGUAAGCAGUCCCCCACAGCCCUGAUUCAUAAUGGCCGUAGUGUGAUCGCCUCCUUGUAGGAAAAGUCUGUAGAAGGAACCCCCCUCCUUUUCCAUGUUUCCGGUCGGCACGUUUUCAAUGUAGCACAGCAGCGGGCGGAGCGCUUUCCCGGUGACCCUGCUGCGGCUGUCAAGGGCCGAGCUCCGGUUCAUCAUGGCGACGGUGGAGGAGGGCGGAUGGACGUACUGAUGACCGUCCGUAAGAUCGCCUCGAUCUGUACGAUGGGCACCAAUGCCUCAACAUUGGAAAAAGAAAUCGGCCCAGAGCAAUUUCCUGUAAAUGAACAUUAUUUUGGAUUGGUCAAUUUUGGCAACACCUGCUACUGCAACUCUGUUCUACAAGCACUUUAUUUUUGUCGUCCGUUUCGGGAAAAAGUUUUGGCAUACAAGGUCCAGCCACGGAAGAAGGAAAGCUUACUCACAUGCUUGGCAGACCUGUUCAACAGCAUUGCCACGCAAAAGAAAAAAGUGGGGGUUAUACCACCCAAGAAAUUCAUCUCCAGAUUGAGAAAAGAAAAUGAACUGUUUGAUAACUACAUGCAACAGGAUGCCCAUGAGUUCUUAAACUACCUUCUCAACACUAUUGCGGACCUGCUGCAGGAAGAAAAGAAACAGGAGAACCAGAACGGAAAGCUGCAGAAUGGGAGCUUAGACCUUCAGGAGCCAGAUAAGCCUGACCUCACCUGGGUUCAUGAGAUCUUCCAGGGGACUUUAACCAAUGAAACCAGAUGUCUUAACUGUGAAACUGUUAGUAGCAAAGAUGAAGAUUUCUUGGAUCUCUCUGUGGAUGUGGAACAGAAUACUUCCAUUACACACUGCUUAAGGGGGUUCAGUAAUACAGAAACACUAUGCAGUGAAUACAAAUAUUACUGUGAGCAGUGUCGAAGCAAACAGGAAGGACAGAAGAGGAUGAGAGUGAAGAAGUUGCCUAUGAUAUUAGCCCUGCACUUGAAAAGGUUUAAAUACAUGGACCAGCUGCACCGAUAUACCAAACUUUCCUACCGUGUGGUGUUUCCACUUGAACUGCGGCUCUUCAACACUUCCGGGGAUGCCACUAACCCAGAGCGAAUGUAUGACCUCGUAGCUGUGGUUGUUCACUGUGGCAGUGGCCCAAAUCGUGGACACUACAUCACCAUUGUGAAGAGUCAUGGAUUCUGGCUGCUGUUUGAUGAUGACAUUGUAGAGAAAAUUGAUGCCCAAGCCAUUGAAGAGUUCUACGGUUUAACGUCAGACAUUUCCAAAAACUCAGAGUCAGGAUAUAUCCUAUUCUACCAAUCCAGAGACUAAAUCCCAUGAUUGGGUUAGAGUAAAUUCCUAUUCGUGAAGAAGGGUGGACUGUUGGACAGUGAAUGAGGGAUCAAAGUUCUAUAUGGAGUACAGAGGAGAAGCUCAUAACUGCUGCCACAAAAAUCUGCUAUCAGUAUCUGGAUGGACUGUUUUACUUUCAUAUUUUAUUGAUGUCAGCCGUACUAAACCAAUCUUCUCCAAUAAGCCAUUUUAGUCUGUCUUCUCAUAACCAGGUGUAGGUGUUUUUACCACACCAAAAAGUCUCAUCCUUCCAAAGUCUUUGUAGGCUGCAAAAUAGUUACAUACUAAAUGGACCCUUGAAAAAUGGAGUCUGCCAUUGACUGUUAUGAGCCUCCCAGACCCAAGCUAAGAAGAUAGCACUUUGUAAGACAGAAGACAGCUGUGGUUCGGAGAGAGUUCACAAUAGAAAUUGUUACCAUUUGGCAAAUGUGAUAUUCAUUACAAAGAAUGUUUUUUUCAUAUCACAUAUAACCAUAACUGUACCUGCACCUUUCUACCUUCCAUUUUUUAUUUUUUUGCUGUUACACUCCUUGUAGUGAGUGUUAAGAGGCUGCUGUUCUGCACACUAAACAAUGGGAUCACUUGUUAUUUUUUAUUUUGUUAUUUAAAUUUUCUUUCAAUAUA